AUGUCGCUCGACACGAAACAGAGGGACGAGAUCCUCGCCCAAGAUGCCAUUGAGCCCAUGGCCAUCAUUGGUAUGGCCGCCCGAUACCCGGGAGAGGCUUCUACCUUGUCGGGCUUUUGGGAUAUGAUCAGUAAUGCACGCUCGGCUCAUUCAGAGGUGCCCGCUGAUCGAUGGAACGUUGAUUCGUGGUACCAUCCCAAUAAUGAUCGCAAAGGCACUACCAACGUCAAGACUGGCUGCUUCUUGUCUGAGGAUGUGUCCGUCUUUGACGCUCCCUUCUUUUCUAUGACCUCCCAAGAGGCAGCUGGUAUGGACCCCAUGCAGCGUCUCAUGCUCGAGGUGGCCUACGAGAGCUUGGAGAAUGCAGGCAUUCCCAUGCAAACUCUCCCAGGGACGAUGACCAGCGUCUACUGCGGCUGCUUCACGGGCGACUAUGGCGAUCUCGCAAACAGCGACAUCUACGAUGCAGCCCCCUAUCAGGCAACUGGCAAAGGAAAGGCCAUGUUAUCUAACCGUGUCUCCUGGUUCUUUGAUUUACGCGGAUCAUCCUUCACUGUCGACACCGCAUGCAGCUCUAGUUUGUACGCCUUGCAUUUGGCGUGCCAGUCGCUCCGUCUGAAGGAAUCGAAAAUGGCCAUUGUUGGCGGAACCAACUUGCUUCUCACCCCUGACAUGAUGCACUCCCUGACAGCUCAACAUUUCUUGAGCCCUGACGGAGUCAGCCAUACAUUCGACGCCCGGGCCAAUGGCUACGGUCGUGGUGAGGGUAUUGGGGCAAUCAUUUUGAAGCCCUUGCGCGAUGCUCUGGCUGAUGGAGACACUAUUCGUGCCAUCAUUCGAGGCAGUGGCCUCAACCAGGACGCCGACACUGGCUUCUUUCAAGCACAUGGAACAGGAACGGCACUGGGCGACCCAAUUGAGCUUUCCGCCAUCGGCGCGACGUUCGGGAAGGCCCGUCAGCCUGAGCAGCCUCCCCUAUACGUUAGCUCAGUCAAAACCAACAUUGGACAUACGGAAGGUGCUUCGGGCUUGGCCGGAGUCAUCGCCGCAGUCCUAAGUUUGGAGCAGGGCUUCAUCCCUCCGAAUGCAGGAUGGGAAACUCUCAACCCUAAGCUGCGUCUCGAUGACUGGAAGGUGGCUCUGCCGCCAAAGUCCAUGGCAUGGCCUAGUGAGGGCCUUCGUCGUGCCAGUGUAAACUCUUUUGGCUAUGGAGGUGCCAAUGCGCACGUCAUCAUCGACGAUGCAUACAAUUACCUCACGAGUCGCGGUCUGACCGGCAAUCAUCAAACUACUGCGAUCAGCCCCCAAUUGGAUGCUGACUCAGGCUUCAACUCGGACAAUGUGUCCGAAGAAUCAGAUAUGGAAGAAGACUCUGAGCGCCAGCAUCUCUAUGUGUUCUCGGCCUUUGACCAAGGAACCCUCCAGCGAAUGGCCAAGAUCUAUGCGGACUCCAUUGACAAAAACCUGCAGUCUUCCAAGAGCCUUUCCCCGGCGCAGGACCUGCAGUUGAUGCAGAAUCGCAUGGAGGACAUGGCCCACACUCUCGCAACCCGACGAACUAUCUUCGGCUACCGUAGCUUUGCCACGGCUAGCUCGCUGGAAGACCUUGUUGAGACUCUCCGGGAUGGACUGCCUAAACUUGGUCGCGUUUCCAAGGCCGAUAAUGUCAUCUGGGUCUUCACCGGACAGGGUGCACAGUGGCCGACGAUGGGCCUGGAGUUGCUCGCGCAUCCGGCCUUCCGUGCUAGUUUGGAGAGAACUCAAACUGCUUUAGAGCAGUGCGGCUGCACCUGGAACGUCUUUGACGAGCUCAAGGUAACCAGCAGCAAGCGGCUAGACAGCCCAAUCUUUAGUCAGCCUAUGUGUACCGCCGUGCAACUGGGUUUGGUUGAUCUGAUGAGAUAUUGGGGAGUGCGUCCCAGGGCUGUUGUUGGCCAUUCGAGUGGCGAAAUCGGAGCCGCUUAUGCGUCCGGAGCAAUCUCCCAUGAAGAUGCUGUCAAGAUCGCUUACCACCGUGGUGUCUACUCCGCUGACGUCGGCAACCGUCAGGAAGGGAUCGUGGGAGGCAUGUUGGCCGCUGGUCUCAGUCCUGAAGAAGCGCAGCCCUACCUCGAUCGUGUUACUGAGGGCACUGCAACCAUCGCCUGCUACAAUUCACCUAGCAGUGUGACCAUUUCCGGAGAUCACAAGGCGAUUGUGCAGCUCGAGGAAAGCAUGAAGAAAGAUCAGAAAUUUGCUCGCCAACUUCGCGUGCAGACCGCAUAUCACUCAGCUCACAUGGAUUUGGUUGCUGAAGACUACAAGACUGCCAUGGGAACCAUUACUCCUGUGGCCAAGGCGAAGGAUGCCGUCCCUAUGUUUUCGUCUGUGACUGGAGCAAUGAUCGACCCGUCGGAGCUCGGCACUUGUUACUGGGUUCAGAACAUGGUGCAACCAGUUCGGUUUGCCGAAGCUAUGUCUAGCCUGUUGACCUAUGCCCCGGCCAUGCGCGGCCGACGACGCGCUACUCCGAUUGAGUACAGCGCAGUUGUUGAGCUGGGUCCCCACGAAGCCCUGAAGGGUCCUAUCAACCAGAUUGUUACCAGCGUGAAUAGCAAGCUCGCUUCAACCCUCACCUACACGUCGGCCUUGAAGCGCGGCCAGGACGCUCAGGCCACUGCUCUUGCGGCCGCCGCGACGCUCUGGAGCUUAGGCCACGCAGUGGAUAUCACCAAGGUCAAUGGCAUCAACGCAGACUAUCAGCCCCGAACCUUGGUGGACCUUCCACCUUACCCGUGGAAUCAUGACAAGGGUUUCUGGCAUGAAUCGUACAGUAGCCGCUCUAAGCGGUUCCAGAAGUAUCCCCGGACCGACCUCCUCGGUGCUCCUGUGCACGACCAGAACCCUAUGGCACCCCGAUGGAGAAACAUUCUGCGCCUGCCUGAAAACCCUUGGCUACAGGACCACAACAUUCAAGGAUCUAUCCUCUUCCCUGCGGCCGGUAUGUUGGCGAUGGUCAUCGAAGCUGCCAAUCAAAUUGCAGACGCUCGUAUGCCCAAGGCCUUUGAGCUCUGCAAUGUGCGAUUUGACCGCGGCCUGGUGAUCCCCUCGGCCGAACACUCCAUCGAGACUAUCCUGAACCUCCAGCCCCUAGAUGCCACUGAGGCAGCACAGGCCUCUUGGUUUGACUUCCAUCUCUACUCCUGCUCCGCCUCAGGAUCAUGGGCAGAGCAUUCAUCGGGUACGGUACGGAUCUUAUUUGACGAGACUGACUCUGAAUGGAAUUCGCACCGCGACCAGUAUGCUGAGGUUCAGAAACGCUGCACACAGACCAGCGUGCGCGCUUUCUAUAACGGCCUGGAUGCAGUGGGCAUGCACUACGGCCCCAGUUUCAAGAACAUGACUGAAGCGCACGCUCAUGGGCCCAGCCGCUCUGCACACGGAACCAUCACCGUUCCUGAUACUAAGAGUAGCAUGCCCAAUCAGUUCGAGUUCCCUCAUAUCAUCCACCCUGCCACCCUGGACGCAAUGUUCCAUCUGCUGUUUGUCGGUGAUACUGGCGGCAGCCCUAUGCGUGAAGCCUCCGUCCCAGUCUCGUUGGAACGGUUGUUCGUUUCUGCAACGAUCCCGUCAACUGCGGGUCUUGAACUGAAGGGUUUCACUCAGUGUCACUCCAAGAGCCAGCGCGAGACCGCCGGAACAGUCGUCAUGUCCACAGCUGGAUUCGACCAGCCGGGUCUGAUUAUUCAAGAGUUUGUGGCCCGAGAAGUGACUUCAUCUGCCGUACCCCCCGCACCGAUGCACUCUCUCAGUGAGUCGCAGGCCCCUAAGCGAACCGGUCACCUACAGUGGGCUGAGGAUAUCGAGCACUGGAAGGGAGAAGCAGUGAUUCAGAGCGGCGAGGCAGCAAUCGCGGAUCAGACUCUCACCUCAGCAGAGGAGGUGCAGCUUCAAGUCGAUGGAUGGCUGCAGAGAAUCUGUCACAAGGAGCCAGAAUUGAACGUACUGGUUAUCGGUGAAUCGUUGGUUGAUAUCGUCCGGAAAUACGGACCUCUCGCAAGCCGACGAUUCUGCUUCCGCAGAUGCACAGUUGCUGCCACGUCGCAAGAGGAGCUGGAGCGUGUGAAGCAGGCACUUGGUGACGCAUUUGACAAGUUGGAGUAUAUCCAACUAGAUUUGAGUGAGGGAGUCAAGCGCGAUCUCCCUGAAUUUGAUCUCAUCUUGUCUAGCACGAGCCCCCAGUCAGACUUGGAUAUCGAAGUCAGCCUGAAGUCUCUCCGCUCCUUGCUCCGUGCUGGUGGUCGGCUCCUUCUCGCAGGUCAAGAUGCAGACACAGUCGAGAAGCAAGCUUGGAAUGACAGACUUGUACUCGCAGGCCUGGAGCCCAGCCAGGUUUACAACCAGACAUCUCAGAGUACUAUUGUGAUUACAUCGGUGGCCAAUGCCAAGGACAGCAACCCUGAGGAAAUUGUCAUCCUGCAGGCACCUAACAUGACGCCCGCGCUUGUCGCUCUGCAAGCCAACCUUGAGCGUGCCAUUUCUGCGCAGGAAAUCCCAGUCCGGGCCGUCACUCUUGCCGAGAGCGCCAACCUGGCCGACAAAUGGAUCAUCUCUCUGGUUGAAAUUGAAGAGCCCUUUGUUCUGGGUUGGAGUGAGGAAAGUCUCACCCAAUUCCAAAAUCUUGUCACCUCUGCCGAGUACGUGCUCUGGAUUACUCGUGGAGGACAGCUUCUCAACUCCUCCAACAUUGAAUGGAGUCCCACCAUUGGUCUGCUUCGCACACUGCGUGUCGAAAUGGCAAAGUUGACGAUCCCGCACUUGGAUCUGUCACCUGCCAUAGACCUUUCAUCUAGCAGUGCAGUUGAGGUCAUUCUAGCAUGCUUUGAUGCUUCCUCCCCGGCCAAAUCCUACCAGACCGAGAUGGAGUAUGCAGAGAAGGACGGAACUAUCUGGAUUCCUCGUUUCAUGAGCAACAACAGCUUCGAUCACGAGAUUGAUCGCCAUGCUGCUCAGUUGAAGUCGCUCUUGCAGCCCCUUCAGCAGAAUGAUCGGGCUCUACGUCUCUCUGCCGGCAAGACAGGAUUACUGAGCGACCUGCGCUGGGUGGACGACGAGAUUAACACCUCUGCACUGGGCGAGAACGAGGUCGAGAUUCAGGUCCAAUACGUCAGCCUUGAGGAGGCUGAUGUUCGCAUUGCCAAGGGUUUCAGCCAAAACACGGGUAUCGGUGGCCAGGUUGCCGGAAAGGUCACACGUGUGGGAUCCCUGGUCUCGCGGUUCCAGGUCGGGCAGCAGGUCGUUGCGGUCAGACCUGAGGGUUGCCGCAUGUAUGCUCGUCAAUCGCAGGACUUGGUGCAGCCCGUGCCCCAGCAGGUCGGCUCUAUUCAAGCCGUUUCAGCUUUCAAGGCCUAUGCCACGGCCUACUACGCUCUGGUCAAUUUGACCGGUAUCCAAGCUGACGAUUCGGUUCUGGUGCACGGUGCUGCUGGCGAAAUUGGCCAGGCCGCCAUUCAAUUGGCUCAGCACCUCGGAGCCAAUGUAUAUGUCACGGCAAAGUCGGAGGAGGAGAAAGCGACUCUUCAGAAGCUACACUCAAUUCCUGCGGACCAAGUCUUCGACUCACACAGUGGGGCAUUUGCGCGCAGUGUGCUUCGUGCUACCAAGGGUGAGGGUGUCAAUGUCGUGCUCAACUUGGCCGAUGACGAUGCGGCUCGGCCAGCGUGGCUGUGUGUUGGUGAAUUCGGACGAUUCAUCGAGUUUGGUGAUAGAGACCAAUCUUUCUACCACGGACUGUCUUCUGCCCGACAGACCAAUGUUAUCUUUGCCAACCUGGACAUUGAAGUCUUGGAACGGAACCGGACGCGCGUGAUUUCAGAUAUCCUAUCAAAGGUCCAGGUCCUGCUUGCGAAUGGCCACCUGAAGCCAGGCUCCACGCCUGAGGUCUAUCCUGCAUCCCAGGUUGAGCAGGCUUUGCAAACCAUUGAACAGGGCACCAGCAAAACAGUUUUGGAUCUGACGAGCGAUGAACCCGUGCCAGUCAUUCUGCCGCGACCUGCAGCGCUUCAACUCGACCCCGAGGCCACCUAUAUUCUCAGUGGAGGAUUGGGAGGACUGGGUCCCAGCAUCGCCGAGAUGAUGAUUGAGCACGGCGCCCGUCAUCUUGUCUUCCUCUCCCGCUCCGGACCCAAGUCUGCAGACGCGCAGGAACAUAUCCGCCGAUUGAGCGGCCUGGGCUGCCGCGCUGAAGCCUUUGCCUGUGAUACCGGCAGUUUGGAAUCCGUGCAGUCUAUCCAGAAGCUGGGAAUCGAGCAAGGAUGGAACAUCCGGGGUGUCAUUCAAUGCGCCAUGGUGCUGCGCGAUAGCACCUUCGAGAACAUGACCCACCAGAAAUGGACCGAGUCUAUUCAGCCGAAGAUCUACGGCAGUUGGAACCUGCACCAGGUGUUUGGCAGUCAACCUCUCGACUUCUUCAUCAUGCUGUCGUCUGUUUCCGGAGUCAUCGGUAACCCAGCGCAGGGUAACUACACGGCCGGAAACACCUACCAGGAUGGACUGGCGCUGUAUCGCCGCCAGUCCGGACUGCCUGGUACGGCACUGGCAGUCGGUGCCGUGAUGGACGUCGGCGCGUUUGCCGAUAACUCAUACUUUGAGAACUUCCUCGAGAAGUUCGAGCACUUGGCGUCCUUGACCGUUAAGAUCGAAGAAGUGAUGAUCAUUUUGCAGACGCUGAUGAAGGGAAAGACCGAGGAUGGUGUUGCAGUGCCGCCACUUCUGGCCAUGGGCUUCACCGAACAGCUGAAGCGCGAAGGCAACAUUACCAGUCUGUGGCCUAAGGACCGCAAGUUUGACCACCGCAUUGAGCUGCCCGAGGAUGGCGCGUCUGACGCCGGAGCUUCGAAGGUUCGCCUCGCUGAUCUCCUGGCGAAGGUGACCGACCUUGCAGAGGCUGGCCAGGUUGUCGAGGAUGCGCUGAAGGCCAACCUGGCCAACGCGAUGACUGCGUCGGCUGAGGAUGUCGAUGCCGAUAAGCCCCUGCACUCGUACGGCGUGGACAGCUUGAAGGCGGUCGAAGUGCGCAAUUGGCUGUUCCGUGAGUUGAAAUGCGAUAUCUCCGUCUUUGAUAUCUUGAGUCCCAUGCCGCUGGCGAAGCUCAGUGUCAACAUUGCUCAGAAGAGCAAGUUCCUGCCGGAGAGUGUCAGGCAACAGGAGAUGGAGUGA